ACUUUAGAGCAUACCCCAUUUCUCAGCAGUGUUUUGAAUAAGUCUUCAUCUUACGUACAACUCUGCAGAUUUUCUAAACUUUAGUUGUUUUGGAAUCGUAAGUUUGCUAAAUAAUGUCUCUUUUAAGACUUCCAGUAUGUAUUAUCGCCGGCAAACAACAAGUAAUCCGGUCACUUAGUACAUCGUCAUCAUGUUUAGCUCAAAAGAUAGAGUUGAAAAGGAAACCAGCACAAAAUAUAGUUCUUGUAGAUGGAGUCAGAACACCUUUUCUUAUGUCUGGAACCCAAUACUCAAAGCUUAUGCCUCAUGAACUGGCAAGACAUUCAUUGUUGAGUCUUUUAAGAAAAACUGGCGUUGAUAAGGAUUUAAUUGAUUACAUUGUUUACGGAACUGUUAUUCAGGAAGUGAAAACAUCGAAUAUUGCUCGUGAAGCGGCUCUCUCUGCUGGUUUCUCAAAUAAAACACCAGCACAUACUGUCACAAUGGCAUGCAUAUCAUCGAAUCAAGCGAUAACAACAGGAAUGGGUUUAAUCGCAACUGGAACUUACGAAACAAUUGUUUGUGGAGGAGUUGAAUUCAUGAGCGACGUUCCAAUUAGACACAGUCGUAAAAUGAGACAGCUUUUACUUAAACUGAGCAGAGCAAAGACAGCUGGACAACGUCUUUCACUCUUAUCAACAUUCCGACCAGCAUUUCUUACACCUGAAUUACCAGCAGUUGCUGAAUUCUCGUCUGGUGAAACUAUGGGUCAUUCAGCUGAUCGCUUAGCAGCUUCUUUCAAAGUAACUCGUAAAGAGCAAGACGAUUAUGCAAUCAAGUCUCAUACAUUAGCUAAGGAAGCACAAGAUAAAGGAUUCCUCACAGAUCUAGUUCCAUUUAAAGUUGACGGCGUUGAUAAGACAAUUUCUGUUGAUAAUGGAAUUCGCGUUGGAACAGCUGAACAGUUAGCAAAAUUAAAACCAGCAUUCAUUAAGCCUCAUGGAACAAUCACAGCUGCAAAUGCUUCUUAUUUAACUGAUGGUGCAAGUGCAUGUCUCAUUAUGACUGAAGAAAAAGCUAAGCAAAUGGGUUUGAAGCCAAAAGCAUAUUUGAGAGAUUUUCUCUAUGUCUCACAAGAUCCAAUUGAUCAACUUCUGCUUGGACCUGCUUACGGAAUUCCAAAAUUGCUUAAUAAAGUUGGAUUAGGUAUAAAAGAUAUCAGCACAUGGGAAAUUCAUGAAGCUUUUGCUGGUCAAAUUCUCGCCAAUUUGAAAGCGCUCGAUUCGGAUUUCUUCUGUCAAACUUACAUGGGAAUGAAGACAAAAUUCGGAACACCAGAUUUAAGUAAAUGGAAUAACUGGGGCGGUUCGCUCAGUAUUGGACAUCCUUUUGCUGCAACAGGCGUUCGUCUCUGUAUGCAUUCAGCAAAUCGUUUGGUUCGUGAAGAUGGACAAUUUGGUGUUAUCGCAGCUUGUGCUGCUGGAGGCCAAGGAGUUGCAAUGCUGGUCGAAAGACAUCCAGACGCAAAUGCUAAUUAAACGUAGACGUUGUUCUUAUCACAACUUUUAAAUUAUUAUCUUUUUUUCACCUGUUUGUUGGUUGAAUGAAUAGUUUAAGCUCAUAAAGUUCUAAUAAACUGUUCCUUAGUUUGAAAGUUUCAUCUAUAAAAAUAUAUUUUGCAAAUUAAAAGUCACGACAAGAAAAACACAACAUGAUGUCAACUUUUUUGAUAAUGAAAUAAAGUUUUAUUUUCUACGAAAAAAAGAGAAGGAAAAAUGAUGUUUUUAUCUGUGGCUUGAUAAUCUGUUAAGCAGAAGAGAGAAAUAACUUCAAGUCAAUGAAGAUUUUCAAUUAAAACCACAAAGUCUUUGCACAAGAAGAAUAAUUGGAUUAGAUACAAAAUAAAAUAAAAAUGAUUGGAAUUCACUUAACGAUUAAUAAAAUUAUCUGAUUUCAUUCACUUUAAGUUAUUUUUUUGUCUCAAUUUCCAUUUGAGACAUCACUCAGAAUCUCUUCGUCGUCAAGAUAAACGUCUGAUGUGUCGAUGUUCUCAUCAAGAUCUUCGUCAAAGUCGAACUCAUCUAAUGAAUUUUUUCUCACUUUUGACGGUUCUGAACUGCUUGCGACUGGAGGUGGUGGUUCGUUUAAUGAAAUUAAUUGAAUCUUCUCUGAUAAUUCUUCACUAUUUUCAACACCAUUUUGUGGUUUAUCCAUUUUCGAAUACUGGAAACUUCCCUGACUCUCAUUUUGAUUCAUUUCUUCAACAGCAUUACGAUCAAUGUUCAUUGGAAUUUUCAUGGCGUAUUGAGCUGGUAACAAUUCCGGUUCCUUUUGUGCCAAAAACUGUUGAGUUUUAAUUGCAUCUUGAAAACCUGGAAAAAGAUUUUCAUAUUGUUCGGGAUCGGCGAGACUUUGACCAGCUUUCUCGUUGAUUUUUCCCAACUCUGUUUUCCACAAGCUUAACACAUGUGAAACUUUACUUGGUAGAUAAGUUCUG